AGGAGAGAGGGCGCCAGCCCCGCAGUGCGCUGGCGUUGCGCGCCCUAGCGCGGGGGCGAAGGCGGCGCGGGCGGGCGGGCAGACGGUCUGGAGUAAUGACAAACACAUUUGGCCCCGAGUGAAGAAGUCGUCGUCGCCUCGCAUUCCAGCAAGUGGGAUUUGAGGAAUUUAGAACUGCGCUCCAAGGGGCCCUCCUCGUGCGCUGUGGUCCCCACCCCCACUCGUCUCUGCGCGCCCCCUUUCCUCGGUGGAAUCAUUUUUGGAAAGCCCGGGGCUCUGCUGCUGCCCAGUCCCAGCCACAGGAAGGAAAAAAGGAAGAUUGCCAGAGAAGUGCAGAACUUCUGGGGAAGUUAGGGACGACUUGGAAGGGAGAGAUUUGGUUCCCAGUUUUCCAGAAUUAUGGGGACUUCCCACCUGGCGCUCCUGGUGUUAGUCUGUCUCCUCACAGGACCGAGCCUAAUCUCCUGCCAGCUUUCAUUACCCUCUAUCCUUCCAAACGAAAAUGAAAAGGUCGUGCAGCUGAAUUCCUCCUUUUCUCUGCGAUGCUUUGGGGAGAGUGAAGUGAGCUGGCAGUACCCCAUGUCUGAAGAAGAGAACCCCAAUGUGGAAGUCAGAAAUGAAGAAAACAACAGUGGCCUUUUUGUGACGGUGCUGGAAGUGGUCAAUGCGUCGGCGGCCCACACGGGACUGUACACUUGCUAUUACAACCACACUCAGACGGACGAAAACGAGAUCGAAGGCAGGCGCAUUUACAUCUAUGUCCCAGACCCAGACGUAGCCUUCGUACCUCUAGGAAUGACAGAUUAUUUAGUUAUCGUGGAGGACGAUGACUCUGCCAUCAUACCUUGUCGCACAACUGAUCCCAAGACUCCGGUUACCUUACGCAGCAGUGACGGGGUGGUACACGCCUCCUAUGACAGCAGACAGGGCUUUAAUGGGACCUUCAGCGUCGGGCCCUAUAUCUGCGAAGCCACAGUCAGCGGGAAGAAGUUCCAGACCAUCCCAUUUAAUGUUUACGCUUUAAAAGCAACAUCAGAACUUGAUCUUGAAAUGGAAGCUCUCAAAACUGUCUAUAAGUCAGGGGAGACGAUUGUGGUCACCUGCGCCGUCUUUAACAACGAGGUGGUUGACCUUCAGUGGACUUACCCUGGAGAAGUGAAAGGCAAAGGCAUCACGAUGCUGGAGGAGAUCAAGGUCCCGUCCAUCAAACUGGUUUACACUCUGACGGUCCCCGAGGCCACGGUGAAGGAUAGUGGAGAUUAUGAAUGUGCUGCCCGCCAGGCCACCAAGGAGGUCAAAGAGAUGAAGAAAGUCACCAUUUCCGUCCAUGAGAAAGGGUUCAUUGAAAUCAAACCCAACUUCAGCCCGUUGGAGGCUGUCGACCUGCAUGAAGUCAAACAUUUCGUGGUGGACGUGCAGGCCUACCCGCCUCCCAGGAUAUCCUGGCUGAAGGACAACCUGACUCUGAUUGAAAAUCUCACGGAGAUCACCACCGACAUAGAAAAGAUUCAGGAAGUAAGGUAUCGAAGCAAAUUAAAGCUGAUCCGUGCGAAGGAAGAAGACAGUGGCCAUUACACUAUUGUCGUCCAAAAUGAAGACGACGUGAAGAGCUAUACUUUCGAACUCUUAACGCAAGUUCCUUCGUCUAUUCUGGACUUGGUCGACGACCACCAUGGCUCCACCGGGGGACAGACUGUGAGAUGCACAGCAGAAGGGACACCUCUUCCUGAUAUCGAGUGGAUGAUUUGCAAGGAUAUUAAGAAAUGUAAUAACGAAACUUCAUGGACGGUUUUGGCGAACAACAUCUCGAACAUCAUCACGGAAGUCCACCGCCGGGACAGGAGUACUGUGGAGGGCCGAGUGACGUUCACCAGAGUGGAGGAGACCAUCGCCGUUCGAUGCCUGGCCAAGAAUCUUCUUGGAGCCGAGAACCGAGAGCUGAAGCUGGUGGCUCCCACGCUGCGUUCUGAACUCACAGUGGCGGCUGCAGUCCUGGUCCUGCUGGUGAUUGUGAUCAUCUCCCUCAUUGUCCUGGUCGUCAUUUGGAAACAGAAACCGAGGUAUGAAAUUCGUUGGAGGGUCAUUGAAUCGAUCAGCCCCGAUGGACAUGAAUAUAUUUACGUGGACCCGAUGCAGCUGCCUUAUGACUCUAGAUGGGAGUUUCCAAGAGAUGGACUAGUGCUUGGUCGUAUCCUGGGAUCUGGUGCGUUCGGGAAAGUGGUCGAAGGAACUGCCUAUGGAUUGAGCCGGUCCCAGCCUGUCAUGAAAGUAGCAGUAAAGAUGCUAAAACCCACAGCCAGAUCCAGUGAAAAACAAGCUCUCAUGUCGGAACUGAAGAUAAUGACUCACCUGGGGCCCCAUUUAAACAUUGUGAACUUGCUGGGGGCCUGCACCAAGUCAGGCCCUAUUUACAUCAUCACGGAGUACUGCUUCUAUGGGGAUUUGGUCAACUAUUUGCAUAAGAAUAGGGACAGCUUCCUGAGCCGACACCCAGAGAAGCCAAAGAAAGAGUUGGACAUUUUUGGGCUGAACCCUGCUGAUGAAAGCACACGGAGUUACGUUAUUUUAUCUUUUGAAAACAAUGGUGACUAUAUGGACAUGAAGCAAGCGGAUACCACACAGUACGUCCCCAUGCUGGAAAGGAAAGAGGUUUCUAAAUACUCGGACAUCCAGAGAUCGCUGUAUGAUCGCCCGGCCUCGUAUAAGAAGAAAUCUACGUCAGACUCGGAAGUCAAAAACCUCCUCUCGGACGAUAACUCAGAAGGCCUGACUCUGCUGGAUUUGUUGAGCUUUACCUAUCAAGUGGCGCGAGGGAUGGAAUUUUUGGCUUCCAAAAAUUGUGUCCACCGGGACCUGGCUGCUCGCAACGUCCUCCUGGCGCAAGGGAAAAUCGUGAAGAUCUGUGACUUCGGCCUGGCCAGGGACAUCAUGCACGAUUCAAACUACGUGUCCAAAGGCAGCACCUUUCUCCCCGUGAAGUGGAUGGCUCCUGAGAGCAUCUUCGACAACCUCUACACCACGCUGAGUGACGUCUGGUCUUACGGCAUUCUGCUCUGGGAGAUCUUUUCCCUUGGGGGCACCCCGUACCCUGGCAUGAUGGUGGAUUCCACUUUCUACAACAAGAUCAAGAACGGGUACCGGAUGGCCAAGCCUGACCACGCCACCAGCGAAGUCUAUGAAAUCAUGGUCAAGUGCUGGCACAGUGAGCCGGAGAAGAGACCCUCCUUUUACCACCUGAGUGAGAUUGUGGAGAAUCUGUUGCCGGGACAAUAUAAGAAGAGCUACGAAAAGAUUCACCUGGACUUCUUGAAGAGCGACCACCCUGCCGUGGCACGCAUGCGCGUGGACUCGGACAACGCCUACAUCGGCGUCACCUACAAACACGAGGAAGACAAGCUGAAGGACUGGGAAGGCAGCCUGGACGAGCAGAGGCUGAGUGCAGACAGCGGCUACAUCAUCCCUCUGCCCGACAUCGACCCUGUUCCUGAGGAGGAGGACCUGGGCAAGAGGAACAGACACAGCUCACAGACCUCAGAAGAGAGCGCCAUUGAGACAGGUUCCAGCAGCUCUACCUUCGUCAAGAGAGAGGAUGAAACCAUCGAGGACAUCGACAUGAUGGAUGACAUUGGCAUAGACUCCUCAGACCUGGUAGAGGACAGCUUCCUGUGACUGGCAGAUUCAGGGGGUACCUUCCACUCUUGGAGCCACCUUGGAUCCCUUUAAGAAAACCACUUUAUUGCAAUGCAAAGUUGGGGAGGAGGACUUGGACGAUGUGUAAAGAGAAGUUCCCAGCCAAGGGCCUCAGGGAGCCUUCUAAAUAUGGAUGAAUGGGAUAUUUCGGAAUGAACUGUCUUAGCGUUGCCCUUGCAAUGCUUUAGUAGCAUCUCAGCGGUGUGUGAAGUUUGGAGAUAGAUGGACAAAGAAAUAAUAGGCCACGGAAGGUGAACUUUGUGUUUCAAGGGCAUUGGUGAGAGUCCAACAUACACGAUUUUUAUUUACGAGAAAACUCCAGCAUUGUAAUUAUGUAAAUAACUCUAACUGAGGGUGUGUUUAGAUUUCUAUUAACUGCUCUGGACUUCUGAAGAGACCACUCAACCCAUCCAUGUACUUCCUGCUUGAAACCUGGUAUCAGUUGCCUUUGAACUUUCCUGGGAAGUACAUGCAAAACCACUUUUGAACCUUAAAAGGUACUGGUACUAUAGCAUCUUACCUUUUUUUUUUUUUUUUUUUUUUUAGUGUUAAAGAGAUAAAGAAUAAUAAUUAACCAAUCUUGUUUACUAGAUUUGGGUCAUUUAGAAGCCCAGCCACUCAUUUUCAUAUUGUAAUCUACUGUUAUCAGUAAUGCUACAUGUGUAAUGUGUAACACGUUUUCCCUACAGAGAAAGCACAAUUUAAAAAAAAAAAAAGAUUCUUACUAAGUAGGCGACAAGUUUGACAGUUUGUGACAUUUAUAUCAAAUAACCGAUGUUUCUCUAUAAAAUAUGGUAAUAGCUUUAGUGGAUUAAAUUUAGUUGAACAUAGAGAACAGUAAAAGUAGUGUCUUCCAGGAAGUCAGUGUUUUUAACUGUGUGCCGAAUAGGUUCCCUAAUCCGUUGUACUAAAAACAAUUAACUGCCCUCUGAAGUAAUGGGAUUUGAAAGAAACAAAACCCCGAAAUCCUAAAUGUUCGCAAUCUAAAGGCAUAAGCCUGUGCCUAACAUGACUUGUCAUGUUACUACCCAGUGGAAAAUACAAUCAUCGGUGAAAAGACUGGAUUUGCAGAGGCCGUUUUCAUGCUUGGCGAUAACUUUGGUGGAUCCCCAAAUCUGUGUUUUUAAAAUUUUACAAACCCUAGAAGGGUCAGAAGGAUGCCUGGAAUAUCAGCCCCCUUUCUUUCAUCUCAUACCCCAAAGAGAAAUAGUUUGAAACUGUGAGAACAUAAAGGCAUUAUUUAAUGAGUACUGCAUGCGCAUUAGCCUGGAUCCUUGUUUCCCAAAUGGGAUCGCACCUGGGAACACCAGAUUCUAGGUCCCCACCCCAGAUCUUCUGAAUUAUUAAGUCUGGUCAGGAGUAGGAACCUGUCUUUUUAUAAACUCCCUGGCUGUUUUGAUUAGCCAGGUUUGGGCAACACCAGCUUAGGGUACAGGAAGUUGCCAUGGGACACAGAUAAUUUGAAAUUUGGAACUAGGCUAGAAGUCAGCCAUGCAGGAAGCCUACCAGUUAAGUCCUUGGCUUUGGGUCAGUGACGUUUAAGGCCAUAUAUGUGGCAAUUGCUGCCCUUAAUUUAACUUUCCAGUCUUAGCUGAGGCUGCGAAAGCAAAACCUUGGUUUAGCAGGUCUUUCCAAAAGUAAAGACAUUGCUCCCUACUGCAUGGGGGACCUGAACUUGCCACCCAACCCCGCCCCCAGCCCCCCAGAGGCAUGUACAGAAAUGAUGCGAUUCAGAGUGCCAGGUCUCUGUAUAACCAGGUUAAUAUUUUGGUGAAAACAAACAAACAAACAAAAAACUAAAAAGUUGUGCUGAAAUUUUGGGGUGACAUAGCAGGACACAUUGUCACCUCCAUCCAAACUGUCAGACGGGUUGGGGUGGGUUCAUUGGCAUUCUCUGCACUACUGCUUAAUUGCUGACACCGUAUGAAUGAAACAUGGGCUGUGAUUGCCGCAAUCACCGUCCGUGCUCCUUGGAAGAAGUAGCAGCAGAAACAAGGUACUUGACUACCUAGUGGUAUAAUCUCAGUGCAAGCCCCAACUUUCUUACCCACCUUUUUCAUACCAAGUGUGAAGACUGAGCCAGAUUGGCCAAUUAAAAAAGAAAAUCUGACUAGGUUCUGUAGAGCCAAUUAGACUUGAAAUACAUUUGUGUUUCUAGAAUCACAGCCCAAGCAUUCUGUUUAUCGCUCACUCUCCCUUGUACAGCCUUCUUUUGUUGGUGCUUUGCAUUUUGAUGUUCCUUUGAAUUUUGUGUGACAUCAUGGGGCUGGAUGAAAAUUCUCAGACAAGCAGGUUCCAGUCCUAAUGAAUACUCCCACCUAAGUUUUUGUGUGACUGCAUCUUAUUUUUUUUUAACAGUAUUUUCAUUGUAUCACAGACUUGUUUCCUUUUUGGCCUCCUGCAAAAUCCCCAGAUGAAAAUUUGCCAAUCCUUCCUGCUUUCUGUUUUUAUGAAGACAAUCAAAGCUGGCCUGAGAAACACAAUUUGUGACUUUUUUUUUUAAAUGAUCAGUGAUGUCCUUAAAAUGUGGUCUGCCAAUCUGUACAAACGGUCCUAUUUUUGUGAAGAGGGACGUGACAUAAAAUGAUGUUAUACAUCAAUAUGUAUAUAUGUAUUUCUUUAUAGACUUGGAGAAUACUGCCAAAACAUUUAUGACAAGCUGUAUCACUGCCUUUGUUUAUAUUUUUUUGACUGUGAUAUUCCCCACAGGCACAUUAACUGUUGCACUUUUGAAUGUCCAAAAUUUAUAUUUUAGAAAAAUAAAGAGAAAAAUACAUAAGUGUUUCCAAAACAGUGGUGUGGUGAAUGUUUGUGAAGUAACUCAAUAGGUAGGGUCUACUGAUAAAAAAUGUAUUACAGAACGCCCCGUUCGUGGUUUUGUUUUAAAACAUGUAAAUGAAGAUCUUUAUAUUUCAAUAAAUGAUAUAUAUAAUUUAAAGUUA